GACAUCGUGCACGAAUAUUUUCAAGGAAAACUAAUUUAAAAUAAAAAAAUUUAAUAACUAGAGAUUCAUAAACUAAAAUGAUUUUAGAAAGAAUCAUUUUAUGCUUUGGUGUUGUGACAUGUUGUCCAGGCAAUGAACUUUUUCAAAAAUGCGGACCAGGAUGUGGAGAUCUUACUUGUAGAAACUACGAGCAUCCGCCUGUUUGCCAUGAAGAGUGUAAACCUGGAUGUUAUUGUCCUCCUGAAUGCGUGAGAGAUGAUGAAAAUAAAUGUGUUUUAAAAAAAACUUGUGUUAAAUGUGGACCUAAUGAACACUACGAAUCAUGUGGAUCCAUGUGUGGUGACUUUAAUUGUGAAAAUCCAACAUUUGCUGACAGAAUUUGCCCUGCUGGUUGCAAAAAAGGAUGUUUCUGUGAUAAAGGUUUUGUCAGAGGUCCUGACGGAAAAUGCAUUCCUUACAAAGAAUGCUUCAAACUGUGUACACGGGCACAUGAACUUUUCACACAGUGUGGUGCUAAUUGUGAGAAGCAUUGCAAUGAUCCUUUCAAUCUGGAUCCAAUUUGUCCGGAUACUUGCGAAUCCGGUUGCGUUUGUAAAGAUGGAUAUUUGAGAAAAAAUAAAAAAUGUGUUCCAAUUCACAAAUGUAGAAGACAUGAAUGCAAAAAGAAGAGACAUCAAACAUAUCUUGAAUGUGGAUUCCCAUGCGAGCGAAGUUGUGACCGACUUGAACCAUUUUUCUGUCAUGAAACAUGUGGUCCCGGCUGUUUCUGUAAGCAAGGUUACGUCCGAGAUGAUCAUGGUGAAUGUAUUAAACCGAAACAUUGCAAUCAAGAAUGUGGUAAAGAUGAAAUCUUUCAAGUGUGUGGCCCACCAUGUGGUGAUCUUACCUGCAAAAACUUCAAUCAUCCUCCUGAAUGUCAUUCAGGAUGUCAUCCUGGAUGUUAUUGCCGUGAAGGAUGUGUCAGGAAUAAACACGAUGAAUGUGUUCCAAUAACUGAAUGUGAAAAUUGAGAAAUGAUAAUAAAUUCUAAUGAGUAUCAAAAUUCAUUAAUCGUGAAAGAGGAAAUCAGUGAAUACGAACUAGAGACAAUGAAAAUAGAAACUGUAGAUGGUUCUGAAAUCCAGUUUCUUGAAAUAAAUGAAGAGCAUUUGACUGAAGAUGACACGAAUAUUUCUGCUGCUAACAGUGAUAUUUGUAAUGAUACAGAAUAUGUGAUUGGUGAUGAAAUUAUCGACACUGAAGACGAUGAUUUUGUUGAAAUGGCCUCCACUGAUGACUUAGAAAUAAAGCAAUCUCCAAAAAGGAAAUCUUCAUCGAAAACGCGCCUCCAUUCAUGCGAUGUUUGCAAGAGAAAAUUCACCACAGCUGAUCUUUUGACACGACAUGAAGUCAUCCAUUCAAAUCUCAUCACACAAAUAAGAGAAGAAGAUAAGAUGCAUUGCAUUAUUUGUCAGAAGAAAUUUGAUGAUGUAACUGAGAAAGAAGAGCAUAUGCGGGAUCAUAAGCUCAGCAUGGAAUCGGAAGCGAUUUCUUGUCAAUAUUGCAAUAAAUCUUACAAUAAAUUUAACAGUUUCAUUCGUCAUUUGAAGACGCACGAGGAGAACAAAACGCAUGAAUGUAAUGUUUGUAAACGAACUUUUGCAUUGGGACAAGACUUGAUUGAUCAUCUCAAUGGACAUAAAGGAUACAAACCACACAAAUGUCACAUCUGUAAUAAAUCUUAUCUUCAAAUAACAAAACUAAAAGUUCAUCUCAAAACACAUAGCACUGAUCGGGAUCUUUUAUGCACUCAAUGUGGAAAGAGCUUCACACGUCACAGCAAUCUUCGUCAACAUUUGCUUCGUCAUUCCGGAGAGAAAAAGUUCCACUGCACCCAAUGUCCAGCAAAGUUUGUAUCCAAAGGAAAUCUUAAAGCUCACAUGUCAGCUCAUACAAAUACCAAACCUUACAAAUGUGAAACAUGCGGAUCCUCUUUUACUCAACCUUAUUCCUUAGUCAAGCACAACAGAAUUCAUUCGGGUGAACGUCCAUUUGUUUGCGAGUUUUGUGAUAUGAGAUUUUACUCUUCUGAUCAUCUUAAAAGGCAUAUAAGAACUCACACAGGUGAAAAGCCAUACAAAUGUGAAUUCUGUCCGAAAGCUUUUGCACAAAACGGAGAUCUCAACAAACAUAAACGAACACAUAUAGGAAAGAACACCUAUAAAUGUUCCGAAGCUGGAUGUCCAGAAGCUUUUCGCCUUCUCGCUGAAUUGAGAGACCACAUGAAAGUUCAUUACUGUAAAGAAUUUAAUUUUGCAGAAACUGAAACUGAAAUGUUGAACGACGUCGAUUGCUCCAAAGAUGAAUAGAAAGAAAUUAAAUUAAAUUCUCACUUUUAUUUAUUUUUAAAUAAAUCCAAAGUUUUAAUUUCCCGGAACAAUCAAAGAUGCGCCGGAAUAAAUUAUUUCAUUCUUAUUAAGCAAAGUGUUAAGUUUUAUUGUGCAUAAAAGUUUCUCACGAAGGUUCGUCGCAUAAAGUGGAAUUGCGUGGGUGUUGUGAUCAUCUUCAUCACUUGAUGAGCUUGAAGAAUUUUCUUUGAAGAGAAUGAAAAUGUCUGAAGUAAAAUUGUUAGUCGCAUUUGUUCCAUCAGAUUUAAUUAAGCGAUUAUUUUCAAAGCUUAAUCCAUCGAUGAUCACAGGUGCAAUCCUGAUGACGAGAGUUUGACUCGAUUUCAAUUUUGAGAGUCGCCCUUCGUCAGUAAAUGAUUCCAAGUUUAAGUCACUUGCUGAUAUCUUCAGAUGACGAGAAGAAACCAAUUUAACAGUCGAUAAGAAUGAAUCAACAUGGAAGAUUUUCGCAAAGUCAACAUCGCUAAUUGAGUCGUCAAGGUUGUCGAGAUAAUUCAUGACUGCUUGCACUCUUACGCCAACUGAUUUAAGAAACUCAGAUGCAA